UCAUUCACAAACACACCGACACACACAUAUAUGUGCAUAUGUAUAUAUUCGUGCGUAAGGGCGAACAUUUAGUUGUACAGAUGUAUGUUAUCUGUCGAAUAUAUAUACACACACAUAUAAACGCGUGCACAACAUAAUAUAAUUUCAAUAUACAAGAAUGUCACAUAGUACAAUACACUAGAUGCAUGCUUGAGCGUACAUACAUACAUACAUAUAUACAUACAUCGUAUGAUAUGUAUACGUAUACAUACAGAUACACGCGCAAAUAUAUACGUUUGUAUAUAUAUAUGUAUGUAUAUUAUAUAUGUUGUAUAUACAUGUAUAGCUAAAAUGGUUGUGAAAUCGCAUGUUGGUGUGUGAAUAGCAGGUGCUUUUGAAGAGACACAAAAAACCCCGGGAACCAUGAACAACCAGCUUCUGUUGACCGUGCUGUCCUUUUCGACUGGGGCUGUGGCCCUGGUCACUCUGGCCCUUGCUGUGGCCACAGAUUCCUGGCUUUACACAGAAGAGGCGAUUGACUAUGUGUUGGACAAUGUCACAAUAGUAUACGUGGUCAGAACACACUCUGGACUUUGGAGGGUUUGUACAAUCAACGAAUUCAGUCCAUCAUUUUGUGCCAACAUUGACUACUACAGACAAAGUUACGACAGAGUGGAUCAAGCCAGUACUUCCAUGGCCAUCAUUCGAGCCAUACGUUUGUCUGCACCAUAUCCAGUUUUUGCUCUCAUCAUGAUUGUGGUGGCUGCCAUAACCAGUGUGAUCGGUAACAUCAAGACCGAUGUGAAAACUUUAUUCGGUGCCAUUAUUUAUGUUUUCUCAGGUCUGGCUUUGUCAGUUGGCAUCAUCCUCUACAUAUCAGCUGUCAACGAUGAGGUGGGACAUCGGGCUAAGAUCAUUGGGGUUCAAGGUCCCAAGUUUGCCUACUUCUAUGGCUGGUCGUUCUUCUUUGCCGGAGUCUCAUUCAUCACUGCCGAAAUGGCAGCCGUGUUCGGCAUCUCACUCUAUCUGCUGCGCAACUCACAUGUCGACGACAUCCUGCGCAUCAUCCCUGGCCUGGAGGACAGGUUAGACAAACUGAAUAAACUUAAUGGUUACCGCAACGACUACGAGGACGAUGAUGUUUACGAGGAUGGUGAAAGUCACUACGCUCGCACCCCGGGCAAGCAACAACCACAAGAAGAACAACAACAGCAGCAGCAACACAACAACAACAACAACAACAACAACACAGCAUUUAUCAAACUUUACAACAAAUACAGCAAGAGAAACAACAGCAACAAAUUAGUCACUACCAAACACUGCAACAAAUACAGCGUGAGAAAGAACAGCAGCGGCAAGAAGAACAACAACAACAUAGCCACUACCAGACACUACAACAGAUUCAACCGGAGAAGCUGCAUCAUGGCCAUUACCAAACGUUGCAGGAAAUAAAACAGGAGAAACAGCAACAGGAAUGCCGUGAAAU